CGCGAGAAUCUCGCUUAGCGGCCCUUGACAGGCGCGCCUUUCUUCCGGGGGGUUAUGGGAGGGCUUUGGUGUCCGGGAUGGAGGAGGAUCGUGGCUUUUUGUGGCCGGCGCUGGUGCCAGCCUGGGCGGCCGGGCGGGAGUGUGGAGCGUGCAGAGCGGGUUCUCAGGCCCGGGUGGAAUGGACUCGGAGGUGCGGAGCGGGGACUGAGGCGGCUGGGGACGUGGAAGCACCUGUGCGGGACCGGGGGUCCCGCCACGCAGCCGCCCAGGCGGCCGAAGAGCAGCAACCCUUUCCAGCGCGCGCAGGAGGACGAGUGGCGGCGGCGGAACAAGACGGUGCUCACGUACGUGGCCGCGGCCGCCGUGGGCAUGCUGGGGGCCUCCUACGCCGCGGUGCCCCUCUACCGGCUCUACUGCCAGACCACUGGACUUGGAGGAUCAGCAGUGGCCGGGCAUUCAUCAGACCAGAUUGAAAACAUGGUGCCGGUGAAGGAUCGAAUCAUUAAGAUCACCUUCAAUGCCGAUGUGCAUGCCAGUCUGCAGUGGAACUUCAGACCCCAGCAAACAGAGAUAUAUGUGGUACCAGGAGAGACUGCAUUGGCAUUUUAUAAAGCUAAGAACCCUACUGACAAACCAGUAAUUGGAAUUUCUACAUAUAAUGUUGUACCAUUUGAAGCCGGACAGUAUUUCAAUAAAAUACAGUGCUUCUGUUUUGAAGAACAAAGGCUUAAUCCACAAGAAGAAGUAGAUAUGCCAGUGUUUUUCUACAUUGAUCCUGAAUUUGCAGAAGACCCACGAAUGGUGAAUGUUGAUCUCAUCACUCUUUCUUACACUUUUUUUGAGGCAAAGGAAGGGCACACCUUGCCACUUCCAGGCUAUAACUGAAGUAGCUUCCAAGACCUACUUCAGAUUUGUGAUUUUUGGAAAAUCAUGUAUUGUACUUUCUCAGAAGAGAAAUAUUCUACAGUAAUGUAUAUUGAAACGUUAUAUUUUAAAUGAUUUUACCUUCCUUUCGUCCCAACGUGAUUUAUCCCACUUAAGACUGAGAAGACAGGUUCAAAGCUCAGUCUGCAGUGAAAAAAUGCUGCUAUCCUGUGAUGGUGCCUACGAGCAGGAAAUGAACGUUGCUCUGCUUGAAGUAAUAGAGUAUGAAUGUUGUUCACUAAGC